CCGCCGUCGCCGCUGCAGCAGCAGCAGCAGCGCCCGGGCGCCUGGGACCGCAGCAGGGUCAGCGAGCGGCUGCAAGCCGCCCUGGCCGGCCUCCAGGAGCUCCAGGUGCUGCGGGAGAAGCAGCGGGCGCUGGUGAGCGGCGCCUUGGCCAUGCAGCCCGCCGCCCAGGGCAGCCAGGCGCAGCGGCGGAAGGAGCAACGCCUGGAAGCCACCCUGACCGCCUUGAAGGAGCAACUGUCACGUCUGAGGAGACAAGAUGUUGGACUGAAAAGCCACUUGGAUCAGCUGGACCAACAGAUUAGUGAACUGAAGCUGGAUGUAGGCAAAACAUCCAUUGAAUAUCUUGACAGUGACAGCAGACCAAGUUCAGGCUUUUAUGAUCUGAGUGAUGGUGGGUCUUGCUCCUUGUCCAAUUCCUGUACAUCUGUCUUCAGCGAAUCCAUCUCCUCGUCCCAUGCCAGUUUAUUGACAAGUUCUUCUCAGCAGCCCAAAACCCGACUUAGCAUCUUUGAUUACCGCCCGAAAUCUGCAGACGAAACCACAGUACACAACCAGUUCCAGCCACAAGGAGCCCAUAACAUCGAGGGAUGUUGCAUCAAAACUUGCUGUGAUGUUUCAGGGACUCCCACUAAGUCCAGACCAAGGCCUGUUUCCACAGGUGACCUUGAAAGACUCACCACGGAAGAUGCAGCAUUUCCUCAAGCAGCUGACCCCAAAUCCUUCCCUCUGCUUUGCGCAGGGGUAGAACUCCAGUUCUAUAGUGUGGACCCUAAAUACCAGAGUGACUUGGUCUCUAAAAGUGGGAACGAUGUAUAUCUGUACCCCAGCCCCCUUCAUGCUGUGGCUUUACAGAGUCCUUUAUUUUCUCUGGUGGGGUCAUCAUCAGACACAGAAGCCUAUCCUCUGCCCAACAAAAUUGCUCUCAGUGCCGUUGGGCCCAGUUUGAUUAAGACUCGGCCAGUUGUAGAGUCCAGGCCAGGAGGUUACAUCAACAAACUGCUCCAGCUGACACGCCACAGAGGAAACAAUCAGGCAGACGCCAGUGAAAGGUGUCCAACAAAGAGCCAGCCAUUCACAAUGCUCCAGAGACUCAUUAUAAUCCCCAGUGCUGGUGGAGUGAAAAUUAACAGCAGUGGCAGCCAGCUGGAAAAACAAGGGGGCUCACCGCAUAGUAACAAAGCUGAGGGGAAACUGAAGAGGGAGAUGCCUGAGGGGGAAUGUGCCAAACAGCAGGGAACUGUGCACUGUGUGAAUGCAGAGCAGACCGCUGCCAUGGUUCAUGCAGAGUCUUCCUUGGCUGUGAAUGGCCGUUACCCUGCCAAAUCAUCUGUGAGGGACUCUCCUCUGACAGAAGUAGGUGAAAGCAGCCUGGAACGCAGUUCUUCCAGCUCACAACUUGGAACGGAGGAUUCUAGCUUGAGCCCUGCAAAUGCUCAUGUUGCUCCAGCCAAAAAAUCUCACAAGAAACCUGCCUUUGCCAUCAAGCCUGGAGGUCUUGAAUUUAUGCCUCAAGGGGGAUUUGUUCAUGCCAAGUUUGUCCCUGCAGAGUCCCAUGAAGUUAGGGUGAAGUUUGCUAACUCUAAAACGAAGCCUGUGAAAGUGAAGAGGAGGAACAGUGAGAAGGUGCCGAGGCCUGGGAAACAGACUUUCUCAGUGGAAAAGCCAAAGGGUGUGCAUCAUCUUGCUGCCAAGUUGCCUGUCGAGUGGAAUUUUUCUCAGCGACAAAUCAGGGGAAGGAACCUGGUUAGGAGGCCUACGUUUGCUGGAGAAACUACAGGCAGGUCUUGCUCAGAAUCCAGCCUAUACCCUGUGCCAUUCAGAAUCCCUCAGGGACCCUCAGGGCCUGAACUCUACCAAGCUUCAGCUAAUGCCAUGUAUUCUCUUGAAACAGCUUACACGGCCACCAAGAAGAAACACCGCAAAUGGCAGUCCACUGUAGAAAUCUCAGCAAAAACCCAGGUUGCUAGUCUUUCUGGUGGCUUUGCCUCAGGGCCACCGAGGCCACAAGCCAGAAGAGCAGGGGUUGUGCGGGCUGUGACUAUGAGGGCACGUUCCAAGAAUCGGCACCCCUUUCAUCCUGGAACAUAUGCCAAAAGCGAGUCAGACCAUUCCGAAUAUUCUGCAGAAUGUGCUUCCCUUUUCCACUCUACCAUAGCUGAGACCAGUGAAGGAGAGGUCAGUGACUAUACAGCCAAUCGCUUUGGGGACAGCGAGUCGAGUGAAAGUGACUCAGAGGGCAGCAGCAAUAGCAGUAGCCUGACUCUUGACUAUGAGGGUGAGGGUGAGCAGGAACUGAUCUGGCCUGACUCUUCUGCCCAGCAGUCAGCAACUGUUCAGGCCUCCUCCAAGUCGCUUCCACCCAUCCCCAAACUCUGCCGCAUCAAAGCUUCAAAGGCCCUUAAGAAGAAGAUUAGGAGGUUCCAACCUGCCUCUCUGAAAGUUAUGACCAUGGUUUAAAGUGAAAGCUGGGACUUCUUUUCUCAGCUGACUGUACCAUUUGCAAAAUAAAAGAGGACUGAUCCUUUAAAGGAGUUUGUGAAAUGUGAUUACACCCCUAGGUUCUAAGGCAUGGGUACUUUUGUUGUUGUUGUUGCCGUUCAUUUGUUAAUGCCUGUUUAAAUGAUACGAUUAUUAAUGUCAUUUUUCUGUAAAUGUGUCUUUAUGUUUCCCACCCAAUCCCAUUCUUGUAGAUAUUAGCUGUUUAGAUUUUAGGCCCUAUGCAACCAGGUCCUGUAUAGUAUACUUUUUUGGGAAAUAGCAUGCAGGAUUUCCCAAAUUUGCCAGGGAUGUGGGGGGGGGAAUAGACUUUUUCUUGCUAAGAGUGACAUUGUAAGUUCCUUCCUGAGAGUAUCUUUUCCUGUUGAGAGGCACUAAUUACAUUGUUGGGCUCACUUCACAACACUCACAGUCUUCCCCACUGCCCUGUAAUAAUUAAUUGUAAAUAUUUCUUAUUAAGUAAAGCUCCCUACUUCCAUUAGUUUUCUUUGAGAUAUGCUAUUUAUUUAAAACUAAGGGCUACGGUCAGAAAAAUGACUGCUGUGAUAACUAAUUCUAUCUACCUGCAAUAUUCAAUAGAUUAAACAAUAUCCAACUCA